AUGUUGCAAGUGACAAAUUUACCACUUCCAUUUGAACUUUCUGAAGGACAGGCAUUGCAAGCAUUCCUCGACGAAAUUGAUUACUUUGAACCCCUUUUUGAUGCUGAGCGUAAACUGCUAGCCGACGAUAUCCUCUACGUAAAUGGAGGACCUACGUACAACAAGGUGAGCACCGCAACUCUGCUUGCGUACGGAGGCAAUCCAGAUACGAAAAACAUGCGAGUGCAUCAGUCAGUUCUUUUGGACGUAAUCAUCGUAAAGACCUACUUUGAUUUCAUUACAAUUUUAUUUCGUCCAGCAGAAGAAAUACUUGAGGAAGCAUAUAUCGUUGAUGUCGACUCGAAAAGGGCUCCUAUGGACUUGACUGUUUUGAACAAAAAAGGGAAAAUAUGGACGAUGGCGGCUGGCGGUGUCUUUUUUCAUUGA